CCCAACAACCCAGAGCUUCUCCAAGUGCGGCGUCCUAGGCUCCAUCUUGGGAUAGAGGAGAAAUGGACCCAAGCAGCAAGAGCGAUGCCGGCUCCGAGCCAGGCCAGGGCGGUGAGGUGCAGCAAUACGAGCACCAGAAUGCCACAGCCAAGGCUCCCGUGUCUGUCCGACAGGUCAACCAGGAGCACCCGGAGCUAUACAUGGAGGCACUAGCGCGAUACCCCAACGAUGAAUCCAUCGACGCCGCUGACGAGAGGCGCCUGGUGCGCAAGCUGGACAUGCGACUACUUCCGUUGCUUGGCAUCUGUUACUUUUUCUAUUAUGUCGACAAGACGACGCUCUCGUACGCCGCCAUCUUUGGCCUUAAAGACGGCCUGGGCCUCAAGGGCGAGGAGUACGCGUGGCUGUCGAGCAGCUUCUACUUUGGCUGGCUGAUCUGGGCCAUCCCGUCCAACCUGAUCAUGCAGCGCUGCCCUCCCGCCUACUACCUGGCCUUCAACAUCUUCAUGUGGGGCGCCCUGCUCAUGGCGCAGGCGGCGGCGCAGAACUUCGCCGGCCUGCUGGUGCUGCGUGUCCUCUCGGGCGCCUUCGAGGCCAUCGCGGACCCGGCCUUCAUGCUCAUCACGUCCAUGUACUACACGCGCGCCGAGCAGCCGUCGCGCAUCUCGGCCUGGUACGCCUGGAACGGUGUGGGCGUGGCCGGCGGCGGCCUGAUCGGGUACGCCAUCGGCCACGUCGAGGGCGCGCUCGCGUCGUGGCGCUACGAGUUCCUCAUCGUCGGCGCCUUUUGCGCCGCCUGGGCCGCCGUCCUGGCCCUGCUGCUGCCCAACUCGCCGCGCAGCAUCAGGGGGUUCUCGCGCGACGAGCGCCUCAUCAUGAUCGCCCGCAUGCGCCGCAAUCAGACGGGCGUCGAGCAGCGCCGCAUCAACUGGGCCCAGAUCCGCGAGGCCUACGCCGACUACAAGACGUGGCUGUUUACGCUGCUGGGCUUCGUCGCCAACAUUCCCAACGGCGGCAUCUCCAACUUCUCGACCCUCGUCAUCCAAGGGCUGGGCUUCGGCACGUUCGAGACGGCGCUGCUCGGCAUCCCGCAGGGCGCUCUCGUGGUCAUCUGGAUUGGCCUGGGGGCACUGGCCAACAGGUUCAUGCCCAACAACUGCCGCACCAUCGUUUGUGCCAUGUUCAUGGUUCCGACAAUAGCCGGCGCCCUAGGCUUCCUACUGGCGCCGCCCGACGCCUACGUCGGCCGCCUGAUUUGCUUCUACCUGACCGGGUCCUACCAGGCCUCCUUCGUCAUCUCCCUGUCCCUCAUCACGUCCAACACGGGCGGCCAGUCCAAGAAGAUGAUCGUGUCGGGCAUGAUCUGGUUCGGCGCCUGCGUCGGCAACAUCGUCAGCCCCUUCUUCUACCGGUCGGACCAGGCGCCCCGGUACCCCCUCGGGAUCGGGUCGCUGCUCGUGGCCAACUGCGUCGAGCUCGGCCUGUUCUUUGUGUUCCGCUAUGCCUUCGUGUGGGAGAACAAGAAGAAGGAGCGCCAGCGCCAGGCCCUGUGCGACGGCGGGGGGCCGCUGGUUGGCGAGGAGAGCGCCACGGCAUUCACGGACCUGACGGACAAGGAGAACCCCAACUUUGUCUAUGUGUAUUGA